AUGGAAAACAAUAAUACUCUACCAUGCACUAAUCAGCAAGAAAACAAUAAUUCUCACCAAAACCUGGCAUUAGAUACCAAUUCUUCCGCUAAUAAUCCUAAUACUCCCAUUCCAAUUAUGAGUAACACUUCAUCGUCUACAAUCUCUCAGCAAUAUAUUAACAAUCAAAUAAUACCACCCAUAAUACCAUCCCAACACAAUAACCAGCAACAGCAACAGCAACAGCACCAACUUGAUACUAAUACUAUAAAUGCACACGAUAACACAUUAAGUCUUCUAAAAAACAACUCUUUAGCCAACUUAUCAUCAUUCGAUCAACAGCAGAACGUUGAUAAUAAUACACUCUUUUUUAAAGAAAAUUGUAGGGUAACCAAAGACAAGUAUAAUUUACACGAUUUUCAAAUAUUAAGAACAUUAGGUACAGGUUCCUUUGGGAGAGUGCAUUUAGUGAAGUCUACGCAUAAUCAAAGGUUUUAUGCAAUGAAAGUCUUAAAGAAAUCUACAAUAGUGAGGUUGAAACAAGUAGAACACACAAAUGAUGAAAGAACAAUGCUAAGUUGUGUUAGGCACCCAUUUUUAAUUAGAAUGUGGGGCACCUUCCAGGAUAGCUUAUACGUAUAUAUGGUUAUGGAUUAUAUUGAAGGGGGUGAGUUGUUCACAUUAUUGAGGAAAUCACAAAGGUUUCCCAUUCCAGUUUCUAAGUUUUAUGCAGCUGAAGUAGUUUUAGCAUUAGAAUAUUUGCAUAGCAUGAAUAUUAUAUAUAGGGAUUUAAAACCAGAAAAUAUUUUAUUGGAUAGGAACGGGCACAUUAAAAUUACAGAUUUUGGUUUUGCAAAAUAUGUUCCAGAUGUAACUUAUACAUUAUGCGGUACUCCAGACUAUAUUGCACCCGAAGUGGUUAGUACCAAGCCUUACAACAAAAGUGUUGACUGGUGGUCUUUAGGUAUUUUGAUUUUUGAAAUGCUGGCUGGGUAUACUCCAUUUUAUGAUUCUAACACUAUGGAAACUUACGAAAAUAUUUUAAACGCACCUUUAAAAUUUCCUGACUUUUUUCCUUCAGAUGUACGUGAUUUGUUAAGCAAGUUAAUUAGCAGAGACCUAACUAAAAGAUUAGGUAACUUACAAAAUGGUACUCUGGAUGUUAAGAAUCAUCCAUGGUUUGGUGAAGUUGUUUGGAUGAAGUUACUGACAAGAAAUAUCGAAACUCCUUACGAACCGCCUAUUCAACCUGGUAAAGGGGACACUUCUCAAUAUGAUAGAUAUCCUGAGGAGGAAAAUAUGAAUUAUGGCGUGACUGAUCAACCUGACCCAUUUCAUCAUUUAUUUAAUGAUUUUUAA